AUGGUCAAGCCGGUGGUGAAAAAGUCCGUGGUGAAGAAGCGCACGAAGCGCUUCACUCGCCAUCGCUACGAGCUCUUCCCGCAGCUGAGUUCCAGCUGGCGCAAGCCGCGUGGUGAGGACUCCCCGGUCCGCCGUCGCUACAAGGGCCAGAAGGCGAUGCCGAACAAAGGUUAUGGUAGCGACCGCGCCACCAAAUAUAUCAUGCCUUCUGGCUUCAAGAGCUUCCCGAUCCAGAACGUGCAGGAUCUCUACAUGCUCAUCAUGCAGAACCGCAAGUACGCUGGUGUUAUCUCCCACACUGUCGGUGCCAAGUCUCGCAAGGCCAUCGUCCGCAAGGCCCUUGAGCUGGACGUCCGCCUCAUCAACGGCAACGCCAAGCUGCGCAAGGUGGCAAACAACUAG